CUCUGAAGACAGUGUAGGUUUUUUUUAAAUUUAUUUUUAUAUUCAGUAGAUAUGAAGGAUAUUUAGAAGAUACGUGCAAAACACAAGAAAUAAUAAGUAAGUGUGCCUGUAAGUAUAUGUGUGUACCUACUACUAGAUUUCACUACUGGCAUUACCAUGACUUGUGUGCUCCUUCCUGAUCUCCUCUUAAUUCCUCUCUGGGUGUUCCUUUUGUGUUUAUUGUAACCUUGCCUUUCGCUGUAGCUUUAGCACAUAUGUUUGUAUCUCUAAAUAAUGUAUCAUUUGGCUUCAUACAUACUUUAUACAAGUGGAAUCAUACUCUCUGUAUUCUGCAGGUCAGUUUUUCACUCCAAGUUGCCUUUCUGAGAUGGCUCCAUGUUAUAUAUAUAGUUAAGUUACAUCCACUAAACUCCGUUUCGUUAUUCUUUCUACUGUUGAUGGACAUUUGUUGUUACAUCAGAUAGUUUGCUUAUCAACAUUCUUCAGCAUGUCUUGUGACGCUGUGUGUGCAAGAGUCUUCAUAGAGUAUACAUCUAAGAGUAGAAUUGCUGGAUCAGAAUAUGUUUAUAUUCACUUUCACUAGGUGGUGCAAAUCUAUCUCCCAAAGUAGUGUAACAAUAUGUUCCUUCCUGCAGUGUUUAAACAUUCCAGUUAUUCCAUAACCUCACCUACAUUUGAUAGUGAUUUUGCCUAUUUAGUAGUGCGACGUGUUAUAGAGGCUUUGUUACUUAUUAAGGAGGUUUUGUACCUUUUUGAGUGUUUCUUGGUUUUAGGUUUCCUUUCUGUAAAGUUCCCAUUAGAGGCUUUUGGAAAUGUUUUAUUCGGUAGUUUCUUUUAAAGCAGUUGGCUUGUAGGGUUCCUUAUGUAGCCUGGCUACUAACCCAUUGUCAGUUACAUGUAUUACAAAUAUCUUUCAUUAGUUUGUGUCUGUUCUUACUCUGUUUGUGGCAUCUUUCUUGAAUUAGAAUUUUCAAUUUUAAUUUUUAUCAGAUUCAUCUUCACACAACCUCAAUCCAGAAUCAUGAAAAUAUUAGCCUAUAUUUUCUUACAAAAGUUCUCUUUUUGUCUUUCACAUUUAAGUCUGUAAUACACCUGUUAUUGAUCUCUGUGUCAAGUGAGAAAUAAUUCUUUUUUCUUACUUUGUUGAUCAACUGUUUAAACACCAUGUUUUGAAAAGUCCCAUUUUUUCCCUCUGAUUUACAGUAUUAACGGUCAUAAAUUUUUGCAUCUUUGUGCUUUGUGUCUAGGUUUUCUUUCCUAUUUUGUUAGGCAAUUUAUGGAUCCCUGUGCUAAAACUACAGUCUUAUUUACUAUAGAUUAACAAUAAUUCUUGGUUAACAAUAAUUCUUGAUCUAGUAAGAUAAGUCCCUUCAACUUAAAUUUCAGUAAUUUCUUGGCUAUUCUUGGACCAUUUGACUUUGAUACACAUUUUAGAAUCAGCUUCUCAGACAACAUAUACACAGUCCUCUUGGGAUUUCCUUUGGAAUCACUGAAUUUAUUGAUAAAUUUGUGUGAGAAUUAACAUGUUUAUGAUUUGGAGUCCUCCAAUCCAUGAAUAGGGUACUUCUAUCCUUUUAUUUAGAUCUUAUUAAAUGUCUUAAUAAAGGUACAAAAUUUUGUUUCAAGCAUCUUUUGAUUUAUGUGUAGAUAAUUUUAUAUUCUUCAGUGCUGUUGUAUUUGUUAAAAUCACAUUUUGCUCCAUUGAUUUUUAUACAUUAAAUCCCACUGUCUUGUGAUUGUUCUAAAUUUUCUACAUGGACAACCAAAUCAUCUUUAUAAAGACAGUUUAUUUUUUCCUUUGGGUUGUUUGUUUGUUUUGUUUUUAUUUUGCCAGAUACGCUGGUUGGGACCUCCAGUACAGUUUUGAAUAGAAGCAAUGAACAGGACCAACCUUACUGUUUAUUGCCCAUAUAUAGUCAUUUUUAAUAAAUGGCUUGGUGUGCUUUGAAAGAGUAUAUAUUCUGUUGUUCAGUAUAGUAUUCUGUACAUGUCAUUUGAAGCAAAUUUUUGAUGGUAUUCAAAUCUAGUACAGUCUAAACAUUUUUUUGUAUGCUCUUGUGAUUUUCAGUAAAAUAUCUCACUGAUGGUAGAAUGUCAGUUCAUUUUAGGUCUUUCAAUUUUUCCUUUGUAUAUUUUGAUGCAGUGAUGCUACACGUUAGGUUUCCUAUGUCUGUUUGGUGAUUUGAACCUUUAACAUUAUGUGGGAAUCCUCUUUGUAUUCUUUACUUCAAUAUCCAUUUGGUUUGAUAUUUCUAUAGCAUUUUGGAGGGGGGGGUUGGUGGUCACCUAGUGUAUCUUUUUAAAUUUUUAUUUUAAAAGCUAAUUUGGGGAUAUUUAAUCUCCAGGGAGAUUUUUUUAUUCCCUUCCUCCCCAUAGCAAGUUUGAAACAGGCAAUUUUCCUUGUGUUCUCUGGGUGGAUGGGGACAGGGGGUAAAGUGGAUUUUUUCUAGUUUGUCCUUAAUGAACUUGAGGAAAAUACAGGUUUUCCAGUUAACACCCUCCACUUAGGAAAGGUUUUUUUCUUCUCCUUCCUGUAACCGUGAUACCCCCAAAUCUUUUUAUUUUACUUGGUUAACUAAGCAAAUACUCUCAAACUGAACCAGCCUUCAGUGUUUACUUACCUUGCCACCUUCUCAUUUUCUCUUCAUUUUUGGACUCUUGUAUAUGUGUUUAACUUAACACCUCAAGGCAUUUUUAAAAAUGUUUAUAAUACUUAACGUAUAUAAUAAUAGUUUUCUGCGGGAAAGUUGUCCCUAGGCAUUCUAGGAAAGAAUCUGCGGUCUGUAGUGGCUGUGUCAUGCAUGUGGUUCUCUGCCUUGCUUGUAGUUCUUAGCCCUGUUUUCACAGGAGGUAAUCAAGAGAACUUUCUCAUUUAAUGGCAGCUUAGGUUUCUAAAAUAGAGAGCAUAUAGUCUAUCCUGGAAAAAUACUCUAUGAAUACAAGCUAAUACUAUGUUUUGAACUGAAAACAAUGCACAAACUUGUAUGCCUUGUCGAUCUAAGUCCUCCAAGUCACAAAUACUGGCAAAAGCAUGGUAAUUGUAAGGCAUGGGAAUGAAAGGAAGAAAUUAGCUUUUUUAGUUUAUUUUGAUAUUUAGACAAUAAACAUGAACAGUUGUCAGGUAUACUUGAUUUACUUUAAAAUCAUUCUCGUUCAUAGAGAUUAUUUUUUUCUUGUGAUCCCUGUAUUUUAAUAAAAUAACAAAACCCCACAUAUUUAAGUUUGAACAUUUUGCCAAAAGAGGGCAGUAUUCACCCACUGUAGAAUGCAAAGGGACUGAGAAAUUAUUGGAAAGAAGGCAAAUGAAUUUAUUUUUCUUCAUAAGAUUGGUAAAGUUUGACAAAACUAGAUCUGCAAUCUUGGAUUUGUCGCCCAGUCUGGUCAUCUGGGAUUGUUGCCUAGAUUGGGCCAUCUCAAGUUUUAUUUUUAUAUUACUUUUACAUUUUUUAAAGUGCUAGUUUAGGGUUAAAAGUCUUUAAGGAUAAAACUAAAAACCUUUUCUAAAUACCUGCCUAGAGUCACCAAAAAACUCAUGUUUAAGGCAUAUUUAUUGAAGUCUGUAUUUGCCAGUGUCCUCAGGGCUGCUCACCUCGGUGACCUGUGGCCAGUUAAACCUGGUGAAAAAUGAGUGUGCAGCCAACGGUGCUGCCACCGAGCCCAGCGGUGGUUCAGCCUUGUUCUACUUUAAACUUAGGUUUGUCGAUCAGUUUGUCUCCUCUGCUUGAUGGUGUAGAGGUUCAUGGUGUAGAUAUAACCGCUUUAAAUAUUAAAGGAAGAAAUAGGAAGUAGCUGGUUUGAAUCUUGAGCGAAAUGCUUUGGUCUUCAGGUGUAGAAUAGGAAGAAAUGAAACCAUUUUUUGAAAUCGUACUUUGGAGCAGGGAAGGAAAAUGUGAGCCUAGAUCAUUUAUUAGAACUCUCUCUGCCCUUUAGGAUUUAGUAAUACUAUCAGAUAAAAAGAAAAGCUGUUCUGCAUUGAUUCAAUAAAUAACUUGCCCUUCAAAAGGACAGCUAGGGGGAGAAAAAAAGGACAGCUAAGGUGUAAGUGGCUAGCGCUUAACAUAACGUGCAGUGGAAGCAACUUUGGAAAAGUUUAUUUGCAUUUCGCUGCGCAAAUGGAGUACGUUUGUUUCUGAAAGCGGCUUUUGCAUGGACAAGCUUCCCCGCGUCCCUGAGAGUCCCGCGCCCCCUAGAGGCGGCGGGCGCCCUCCGUCCUGUAAUGUGAUCUCCCUGCUCUGGAUUGGUCAGAGGCUGAGUUUUCCCUGGGAGCAGCGCUUAGCUGGGACUCCGUAAGGCAGGUCCCGCACCGCAGCCACCGCUGCCACCACCUCUGUCGCCACCCCCGCUGCUGCUGCUCCUGCUGCUUCGCUUCCAGCAGCGGAUGGAGCGAUGGAGUCCAGACUCUUCUGCUGGACCACUUGCUUUCUCCUGAUCGUGUGGUGCCUGCCGGUGCUACCCUGCCCUAGCCGGUGCCUUUGCUUGACGAGCACCGUCCGCUGCAUGCACUUGAUGCUGGAUCACAUUCCUCAGGUGCCGCAGCAGACCACAGUCCUAGACUUGAGGUUUAACAGAAUACAAGAAAUUCCUGGGAGUGCCUUCAAGAAACUCAAGAAUUUGAACACUCUUCUCCUGAACAGCAACCAAAUCAGACAGAUUUCCAGAAAUGCUUUUGAAGGACUUGAAAAUUUGCUUUAUCUGUAUCUGUACAAGAAUGAAAUUCAUGCCCUAGAUAAGCAAACAUUUAAAGGACUCAUAUCUUUGGAACAGCUGUAUCUUCAUUUCAACCAAAUAGAAACACUACAGCCAGAGACCUUUGGAGACCUUCUGAAAUUAGAACGACUGUUUUUGCAUAACAACAAAUUAUCUAAAAUCCCAGCUGGGAGUUUUUCUCAUCUGGAUUCAUUAAAGAGACUGCGUCUGGAUUCCAAUGCUCUAGUUUGUGACUGUGAUUUAAAAUGGCUGGGGGAACUUAUGCAAGGCUAUGCCCGAAAUGGCCAAACUCAGGCUGCCGCUACAUGUGAAUAUCCCAGAAGCCUCCAGGGACGCUCCAUCGCUUCGUUAACAGUAGAGGAAUUCAACUGUGAGAGUCCUCGAAUUACUUUUGAGCCCCAAGAUGUGGAGGUUACAUCAGGGAAUACUGUCUACUUUACUUGCCGGGCUGAAGGAAACCCCAAACCGAAGAUUAUUUGGAUACAUAACAACCACUUACUGGAUUUGGAAGAUGAUACUCGACUUAACUUGUUUGAUGAUGGGACACUCAUGAUCCGAAACACUCGUGAGUCAGACCAAGGUGAAUAUCAGUGUAUGGCCAGAAACUCAGCUGGAGAGGUCAAGACACAGAAUGCCAUGCUCAGAUACUCCAAUCCUCCAGCCAAGCCUAGUUUUAUAAUCCAGCCCCAGGACACAGAGGUUUUAAUUGGCACCAACACAACUUUGGAAUGUAUGGCCACAGGCCACCCACACCCCCAUGUUACUUGGACUAGGGGCAGCGGAGAGGCCCUGGAUGAAUCCAGGCACCUGGCUACUUCUGGAGGACUGUACUUGCAGAAUGUCACCCUGCGGGAUCAUGGUCAAUUUACCUGUCACGCCAACAAUAAUCAAGGCUCUGUUCAAGCUACAGCAAACAUAAUUGUACGAGCUCCUCCACAAUUCACAAUAAUCCCCAAGGAUCAAGUGGUGCUAGAAGGACACACUGUAGAAUUUCUCUGUGAAGCUGAAGGCAACCCACCUCCAGUAAUUGCCUGGACCAAAGCAGGAGGGCAGCUCCCUCAGGAAGGUCUGCAUACAGUUCUCUCCUCUGGCACUUUGAGAAUUGACGACGCAGCACAUCAUGACCAAGGCCAAUAUGAAUGUCAGGCAGUAAGUCCUUUGGGAGUGAAAAAAGCAUCUGUGCAGCUGACUGUAAAACCCAAAGCUCUCCCAGUGUUUACUCAACUACCUCAGGAUACAAGUGUAGAGGUUGGCAAGAAUAUAAACAUUUCAUGUCAUGUUCAAGGAGAACCACAACCCAUAAUUACCUGGAACAAGGCAGGUGUUCAGAUUACUGAGAGUGGCAAAUUCCAUGUCAGUGGUGAAGGCAUGCUAACCAUCUAUGAUGCAGGGCAAGCUGACCAAGGAAGAUACGAAUGUGUGGCUCGGAAUUCAUUUGGCCUUGUCACAGCCAGCAUGUUUCUCACAGUUGUAGCAAUACAGGGUAGACAAGCUGGAGACGACUUUGUCGAAUCAUCCAUUCUUGAUGCUCUACAGAGGGUUGACAGUGCAAUUAACUCCACACGAAGACGUUUGUUUUCACAAAAACCUUGCACCCCCAGUGAUCUGCUGGCUCGGUUUCGUUAUCCGCAUGACCCCUUUACCGUGGAGACAGCAAGAGCUGGGGAGAUUUUUGAGCACACACUUCUGCUGAUCCAGGAACACGUGAAGCAGGGGCUCACUGUUGAUUUGGAGGGCAGAGAAUUCCGCUACAAUGACUUGGUGUCCCCACACUACCUUAGCCUCAUCGCCAAUUUAUCUGGAUGUACGGCCCACAGGCAGGUGCCCAACUGCUCUGACAUGUGUUUCCAUCAGAAAUACCGAGCCCAGGAUGGAACGUGCAACAACCUGCAGCACCCCAUGUGGGGUGCAUCCCUGACUGCCUUUGAGCGCAUCCUGAAGCCUGCCUACGAGAACGGCUUCAACCUGCCGCGUGGGGUCGGCCUUCAUGCCCUGUCAGGCGGGUAUUCCCUCCCACCGCCCAGGCUGGUCUCCACGGAGAUGGCGGCCACAGCCACGGUCACCCCUGACCAUCAAUACACACACAUGCUCAUGCAGUGGGGCCAAUUUUUAGACCACGAUCUGGACCACACAGUGCCUGCUUUGAGCACAUCCCGCUUCUCUGAUGGGCAGUCUUGUAGCUCCGUGUGUACGAAUGAUCCUCCUUGCUUCCCCAUCAUCAUUCCUGACACUGACCCCCGAGGGAUCCGAGCCCCGUGCAUGUUCUUUGCGCGCUCCAGCCCCGUGUGUGGCAGCGGCAUGACCUCCUUGGUGAUGAAUUCAGUCUACGCAAGAGAACAGAUUAACCAGCUCACAGCCUAUAUAGAUGCCUCUAAUGUCUAUGGGAGUUCGGAGCGGGAAUCCCAAAUUCUCCGAGACUACUCAGAGCCCCGGGGACUUCUGAGGACAGGCUUGCUGUGGGUCCCAUCCGGAAAGCCCUUACUGCCCUUUUCUGUGGGCCCACCCACCGAGUGCACAAGGUCGGAGCAGGGCAGCCGCAGCCCCUGUUUCCUGGCGGGGGACCACAGGGCCAACGAGCAGCUGGCCCUCACAGCCAUGCACACCUUGUGGUUUCGGGAACACAAUAGGGUCGCCACAGAGCUGUCUGCCCUGAACCCCCACUGGGACGGAGACACCCUUUAUCAUGAGGCCAGGAAGAUCGUGGGCGCUCAGCUACAGCACAUCACCUACAGCCACUGGCUGCCCAAGAUUCUGGGGGAACCUGGCAUGAAGAUGCUGCAGAAUUACCAGGGCUACAACCCCAACGUGAAUGCAGGGAUCAUUAACUCUUUUGCUACUGCAGCCUUCAGAUUUGGCCACACCUUAAUCAAUCCUAUUCUUUAUCGACUGAAUGACACUUUCGGAGAAAUCCCCGAAGGCCACCUUCCACUCGAUAAAGCUUUCUUUUCACCCUCCAGAAUAAUUGAGGAAGGUGGGAUAGAUCCACUCCUUCGUGGGCUAUUUGGUGUGGCCGCUAAAUUGCGGGUGCCCUCCCAACUGCUCAGUUUAGAGCUGACCGAGAAGCUGUUCUCCACCGCCCACUCUGUGGCCCUGGAUUUGGCCGCCAUCAACAUUCAAAGGGGGCGAGACCACGGGAUCCCUCCGUACACUGACUUCAGAGUUUUCUGCAAUUUGACUUCUGUUGAAAAUUUUCAGGAUCUUCAAAACGAGAUUAAAGAUUCAGAGAUUCGACAAAAACUGAAAAAGUUAUAUGGCACACCAGGCAACAUUGACUUCUGGCCCGCCCUCAUGGUUGAAGACCUGAUCCCUGGUACAAGAGUGGGACCAACACUUAUGUGCCUGUUUGUUACCCAGUUUCAGCGGCUAAGAGAUGGAGAUAGGUUCUGGUAUGAGAAUCCCGGGGUGUUCACUCCCACACAGCUCACUCAGCUGAAGCAGGCGUCACUGGCCCGUGUGCUCUGUGACAAUGGUGACAACAUCCAGCAAGUCCAGGCUGAUGUCUUCGUGAAGGCACAAUACCCACAGGACUACCUGAGCUGCAGUGAGAUACCACAGGUCGAUCUGCGAGUGUGGCAAGACUGCUGCAAAGACUGUAGGAGUAGAGGACAGUUCAGAGCAUUCACACAAGAAUCUCGAAAGAAACGCUCUGCUCAGUACAGCUAUCCUGAUGAGAAAGAUAAGGACUUAAGUGAUCUAAUUAGUAGGCAACAAGAUCACUUGUACAUUGAUGAAGACGGUAGAAACGUGACAUCUCUGGCCAAAGCAAAGUUCAUUCAAGAUUUCAGCAAUUUUGCAGUGGAAAUUCAAAAAACUAUCAAAGGUCUCAGAGAACAGAUAAACAAGCUGGAGGCACGUCUCAGGCAGGCGGGAUGCACAGAUGAUAAAGGGAUUCGAAGAAAAGACAGUGAACACUGGAUGAAAGAGGACUGCAUUAACUGUAUGUGUAAGAGUGGUCAGGUCACCUGUAUGGUGGAGACUUGCCCUCCAGCUCCAUGUCCCAGUCUUGAAUUGGCGAAAGGAACCUGCUGUCCAGUUUGCAGAGACCCAAGAAUGCCCGCUGAUUCCCCUGAGAAACGCUAAGCAAUCUACUGCUCUUGAGCCCUGAACGGGGAAUUUCUCAGGAAAAGGCAGUCAGGCACUUUUAGCCUGUAGUCACACUCCUGGCCCAGAAAUCACUGAUUUAAAACAAAUUAGUUCUUUUAACCCUUCAACAUACUGAAGCUCUUGCCUCUUUUCAUUUUCUAACAUACCUUGAAGUAAUGCAAAAUUAAAGUCUAUAAAGAAGAUAGGGAUUCCUUUAUUGUGAGAAAUAUUUCUUAUUGUAGGCUACCAGUUUUAUAUACUGUACAUGGAAAUAAAAAGGAUUUCAUGCAAUAUUUUUUAAAAAAUCUGAGUAUUGUGGAAAAUUUCUCAUUUCAAAAUUCAGAGAGAUUAUAUGAUCUCCAGGAAUUUUGAGAGAAUGGGUUUUGCACUCAGAGAAAACGUCUGGAAAGAUGUGUGAUAACUUUGACACAUGUAAUACAUGCUGCUUUCUUCACUCCACUCCGUCUCUCACAUCUAGAAACUAGACAAUGGCCAGAUUUUUCUGGAAAGGCACUUACCUUAACCAUCAGUAGGCUCUAACUUCUAGAACAUUAGGGAAAAGCCAGCCAGUGAAAGUAUCAUUAUUUGGAGGAGAUUGCCAUUUUUACAUUUGGCUAGAAAAUACAAACACUAUGAGGGGAAGAGCCUUCAAAGGAGUCUUGCCCAAUGUCUGCCUUACCUCACUUGUCAUUAUUAUCACCAGUGAGAUGUUAAAAUUGAAAUGAUCAAAUCUGAGAAAUUCAGAAGCAAUCUGAAUUUACUAUCUGAAAAAUUGGAAUGGUUUUUUACUUUAACAAACGAUGUUGCUAUGAGGUUUCUUCUAAUUUUGGCAUUCUGUUACAGCAUUUAAAAUACAAUCCAAUAGACAAUAGGUUAGCUAUAUUCAGAAUUGAAUAUUUAGUAAAUUAGGUGAGUUUCACUAAAUAAAUUCUUUUAAAAUACUCUGCAGCCACAGUAUUUGGGGUUGGUUACAGUGGUUGGUAGAUUUCUUUAAGAAAUCCUUUGUUCCAGGACUUUUGAAGAGAGACUUCAUGUAGUGUCGUGCCCAGAGGGGCUCUCAGGGCGAUAACUCUACUGUUUUCCAAUCAUAAAAUAAACAGUUAACACCAGGCACAAUCUCCCAAUAUUUAGAAGUAUUAUGUAAAAUGCAGUAUUCAUUGUAGCGAAAAUAUUUUCAUGGUUUUAGUAUUAUGAGUGAGAAAAGAUGUUUGCGGAUUUUGAUAAUACAUGUAAUUAUUUUAAAAAUGUAUUGGUGAUUCCCUCCCAGGAUCCAAACUAAUUUUUUACUAAAAAGCUUAAGGACAAAACAAUGUGUCCUAAAUGUUUGAUGUUUGAUGCGUUUUUAAGUCCAAAAUAAUUUCUAAUUAUAUUUCAUUUUGAAAGACAAAGCUUAACAAGUCCCAAAAACUUGACAUUUGAUGGCCUUUCAAAGCCCAACAAAGUGAAAUGAAGCUAAACCUCAUGGAAUUAUAAUUUGUUCCUCUGAAACUACAGCAAUCAUAUUGCAAAUGACAAUAACAUAUGUAAUAGUUUAGUUUUCUCACCAUAUUUGUCAUUUUAUCAUUUUAAGUUUAAGCAAGACCUAUAUGGUAACUCCUAUGAUUUUUUUAUACACUGACCAUAU